CAGCAGCAGGCUGUGCUCUGCCCGGUGCGAGCGGUUCGCAUGGUGCUCGAGGUGUCGUUGCGUCGGGGUGGGGGAGAGGUGCCCGGGCUGAAGUGUUCUAACCGCUCUCUUCCUAGGGCUGCGGAUCCGCCGCGCACUUCCCUCCGAUGUGAGCGCAGUGUCCCCUGUGGGAUGCAGUAGGUGAUGCCCAGCUCUACUGCAAUGGCAAUUGGAGCUCUCUCCAGCUCUCUCCUGGUAACCUGCUGCCUAAUGGUUGCCCUCUGUAGCCCACCAUCCCCCCUGCAGAAGCUGGCCAGGGCACAGGACAAGCAGGAGAUCAAGGCCAGCCAGGAGAAGAGGGACCACGCGUCGGUGAGGGACAGCCAGGCCGGUGCGGGGAAAGUGGGCGAGAUCAGCCGCAGCGGGAGGGAGGAGGGCGGCAGGGACUGGAAGAGCAAAGGCAGCAGGAACUACUCCAACAAGGAGUCGUGGACCAAACAGAAGCAAGCUUGGAGCAGCCAGGGGACAGGUGGCAAGCCCGCCAGUGUACUGGCCCAAGAGCAGCGGGACAUGGCGGCCGAGGCGCCUCGUCCAGCCGAGGCCUCGUCAUUGCCGGCGGCGGUGGCCAGCGCUACCCCGGAGCCCCUGGAAGAGUACGCCUACCCGGACUACCGCGGGAAGGGCUGCAUGGAUGAGAGUGGCUUCGUCUACGCCAUCGGGGAGAAGUUUGCGCCGGGCCCCUCAGCCUGCCCCUGCCUGUGCACGGAGGAGGGCCCACUGUGCAUGCAGCCCGAGUGCCCCAGGCUCCACCCUCGGUGCGUGCAUGUGGACACCACGCAGUGCUGCCCGCAGUGCAAGGAGAGGAAGAACUACUGCGAGUUUCGGGGGAAGACCUACCAGAGCCUCGAGGAAUUCAUGGUUUCUCCAUGUGAGAAGUGUCGCUGUGAAGCCAAUGGUGAAGUGCUGUGCACUGUGUCAGCUUGUCCCCAGACCGAGUGCGUGGAUCCAGUAUAUGAGCCUGAUCAGUGCUGUCCUAUCUGCAAAAAUGGUCCAAACUGCUUUGCAGAAACCACUGUCAUUCCUGCAGGCCGAGAGGUGAAGACUGACGAAUGCACUAUAUGUCACUGCACUUACGAAGAAGGCACGUGGAGAAUUGAACGACAAGCUAUGUGCACUAGACAUGAAUGCAAACAAAUAUAGGAAAUCUACCAGUCCAAGAACUCUCAUGGUUUUUAUAAACUAUCUCACAGCAGUGAGCACUGUGGAUGACCCAGGGAAAUCGGAAUGAGAAGAUUCUGGUGAGGAGCAAAUUGACUAUGGAUACUUUGUUUUUCACAGUCACGUAAUUCUGCAAGGCAAAGCAGUGCGUAUAUUUAAAUAAAGUUUGGACAUAAGAAUACUUGUCUUAAUAAAUGUGUUAUUUUCACAGUGAGUACACUAAAAUACACUCUAUAAAAUAUUCUAUGUAUUUCUAUACUAACAUUAUAGAGCUUAAAAAUAAAUGUUUUAUAUAGACAGUACAGAUUAAAGUACUGUAUCAUUGCCUGUCCUAUUGUGUACAUGCACAUAACUAAACAUUACAUUUCUAUUCUAGUUUUAUCAUGGUAGAGUUUUCUUUGGGUUCUUGUGUUUUGGUAUUUUUUUUCCAUUUGUUUAUUUUCAGUUUAGUGGCCAGGAAGGAGUCACUAUAAGAUAAAACUUUGACAUCCUCGCUGUUGGAAAAAAAAUGUAGUCCUGUAUGCUUACAGAGAAUGUGCUCACUUAAGCACUUAUGAGUAGUGCUGUAAUAUAAAAGUGAGUCUGCUCCUUUUCUGAGUUGCACUGGUAUAGGUCUGCUGGUCCACAGCUGAGAUCACUUGAAGCAGUAAUACAAAACUGGUCUCUCUUACCUGUUUUUAUAAAGCAUUAAUUAGACAAAAUCAGUUCAUAAUACAAAAUUCAGACAUAACAUAUUACAGCAGGGCAAAUGCCUCUGUGACAUAAACAAUACAGCACUGCUGAGCUGGUGGAAAUAGGGUAAGUCAGUGAAUGGCAUCAUCAGUGUAACGUGCAGUAGAUGUGGAGAUGUGUGGAUGGGUUGUGGCUGCACACGCACAUCCUUGGGCAAGAGAGAACCAUCCCCUAGACCUUGCUGUUUCUGCCUUGCUGGUGCUUGUUCAGCUUUUUGAUUCAUCUCAAUCUGUCUGACUAUCUGCACAGGUGGUGUAACACUGUGUGUUGACAAGAAAUGUUUUGAGCCAGCUCUUCAAAUCCAUCAAAGGAUUUAUAGAAGAGAAGCUGACUCUGGACACACAUGGAGUGAAUCACGUCUCCCUGCUUCCGACACUUAGAGCCUUUGUUUAGAUCCAUGUUGGUUUUAAUUUAGCUUAUCUCCAACUCCUGGAUUGUAUCUGCUUUGAACAUCUGCUAAGACAGUGGCUCAAGAGAACACAAACAAGGGCUUACUUUAAGCUUUUCCUAAAAAAAAAAGAAUGUGAUGAAUAAAUAUUAGAAAAUGAAUAACAUUGCUUAAUUCCCUUUUACUCCUUGCGACUUAUUGCCAUGCAGUAACCUGGUUUCCAUGGAUCCAACACUUUGGAUCCAUACAAAGUGUGAUUUUCUGAUACUGGUGAAGACCAUGGAAGUUUUGCCUGUGACUUCAGUCAGUCACAGUUCUCUCUUCCAAUCUGUACUUUGAGUGUGUUUCUGUCUAUUGCUGGGACUUAUUUUCCCCAGUGAUGGAAUGGGAAAAGAGGAGUGGUAGAAAUGAAGAAAACAUCCCUUGCACAGACAGUUCUGUGACAGUCAGACAUGGCCUACUCACAGAACAGUGGGAGAGGGGAAGGCAUUAUUGAUUUGAAUAGUUUAAAUCACUCGAAAAUUCAGUAAAUAGCUUUCCCUGAAGUGGAUAUGCAUGUAUGUAAACACUGUAUGGACACUGCUGUUUUCCAGUUGCCUGAAUUCCUAGCAGGGAUGCUAGAAGUAUUACAGCUGGCUUGUCACUAACUCAGCUGUUGGCUGUGAAGGAUGAUACAGACUGCAGAUUUAUUUUGUUUCUUGGAAGAAGAGAGAAUGUGUUUUGUCUCUCAUUUGUACCUUCUGCUUCACUGAAGCUUUGGUUAAGCUUUAUUAUCUUUCUUUGGGCUCGAAUUUAUGUUCGUCUGGGAAGUUCUCUUUCUUGAAGUACUGAUGACAAGGUUAAAGGCUAUUUUAUUGUGUCUUCCUUGUGUAACUUUUAUAACUAUUUUUUAUUGCUUUUUUUUUUUUUCCAAAUGAUAUUUUUCAUCUUUCAGUCCUGGCACCAACAUACUCAUGUAAUCUUUAGUUUAGCAAUAGCUUGGUCCGUUCCCAUUUGAUACAGAUUGUCCUGAACAAAUUCACCUUGACAGACAGCUCUGUGGAUUAUUUCUUGAAGACUAUAUUUUGAGACAUUAUCUAUCUUUCUUUCUGUUUGAGAUAUAAUCAUCAAGUCUGCUAAGAUGCAAUUUCUUUAUUUUUUUUAUGUAGUAAGAUAGAAGUGGAUAAUCUUUGGACCUUCUUCAUGCCAAGGUCACUGGCCACGUCCAGCUUUGUCCUCUAGUAUUAUUACAAUAAGACCUUUUUGGCCAUUCCUGAGGAUGGGCAGAUGUCAGUAGCCUCACCCAGCUGUGGAACCAGGGAGUACAGGCAUUUUGUUGUUAUCGCAGGAGGCAAGGCAGCACCACACAGCAGCUCAUUUACCCAUGCACCUCACCCCACUCUGUUCUCAGUGAGACACAGAAGAGAAAAGGAAGAGCAAAAGCAAGGGAAUGAGAACCAGAGGAAAAAAGUGAAAAAACAAGAGAUGAAAAGGCAAUCACUCACCACCUCCCUCCCAUAGGUAGAUGGAUUCCUAGCCAGUUCUUGAACAAAAAACAAUUAACAUACCUAAAUAUUGCUCCUCUCUGUUUUACUGCUAAGUAUGGUGUUGUAUGGUGUGGAAUAGCUCUUUGGUUAGUUUGGGUCAUCUGCAUGGUUAUGUCUCUUACCCAAACUCUUGCACUCCCCCAGUUUACUGGGGAAGCAGAUUAAGAAAUAGAGAAGGCCCUGACAGUGUGCAAGGUCUGUUCAACAACAGCUAAAACAUCAGUGUGUUAUCAGCAUCCUUUUAGUUACAAACCUAAAACACAACACCAGACAGGCUACCAUGAAGAAUAACUCCAUCCCAGCCAGACCCAGUAACCUGUAAUACCAUCAUCAAUCCCAGCACAGAGGCAAAUGACCCCCAGAAUCAAACUCCCAGAAGAUGGUCGCGCCAAGCAGCAUGUGGGCCUUUGCGAUGGAGUUGGGGAGCUAUUUCCAUCCUGAUACAUAAUGUUAUUUUGCACAGACGUGCUUAAAACAGAAACUUUCCUAUUUAUGGAAUUGGAAAAUGAAAAAAAUAUGGAAAUUAGAAGUGUUUGGUUGGUUGGUUGGUUUUUGUUUUUAAAUAGCUAGUAUAGAAUGCAGUCAGAGACCAGUCAUCUUUAAGCAUACUUAAUCUCUAAGCAAAAAACAGCUGCUGUGCUGGCUAUGUGUAUUUUUCUAAAUGUCAUGGUUCGGUCAAGUAAUACAUCUAUAACUUUAAAAAAUAAGAGUGAAGCCAUCUGCAUCACUUCCAGUGAACCAAAUUAAAUAGAACACUGGCCGAUCUACUGAGACAUAUUCUUCUGACGGCAGAAAAAAGAAACCAACAUCAAAAAAUACUGAAAAGGAAAAUAAAGACUUGGUGUCUCUCAACAGUCAAUUUAGAUGCUAUUGGGAAUUUUACAUUUAUUUAUUAAGGAAGUAAAGUGCACAUUAGUAAAGUAAAAAGCUCAGUUAUAAAUAAGUAAUUGCUACAGAAUAAUGCUAACUAAUAGUGGGUUUUGUUUGUUGAGUAUAUUGUCCUAAAGGUGGCAUAGUUGAAGCCUACUUACCUGUUUUUAGCUCCAAUGCAAAUGCUAUUAUGAGAGCUGCUCCGAAAGUAAUGCCUCCUAUUUUAUGAUGUUGGCCCAUGACAUCAGAGAUUAAUGUUGGUGGUACUUCAAUAGAAGUAGAACCUUCCCAUCAGUAUUCUGUUCCAUUUUGUUGUCAUGUGACAGACGGCAGCAGAGGGGCAGUCUGACAAAAUGGUGUCUGACGUGGAAGUGUGGAUGAAGCAAAGGGAUGUCAUUGAAUUCCUCCAUACAGAACUAAUGGCGCCUACUGACAUUUGUUAAUGCUUGCUGAAUGUUUUCAAAGAUCAAACACUGUGAGCACAGCGAGGUGGUGGAUAGUGCAUUUCAGCAGUGGUGACAGGGACAAAAAAGACAAGCCAUAUUCUGGACAGUCACUCUGAAAAAUGAAGAGCAUCUCAAUCGCUCAUCCUCACUGACCAGUAGAUUAUGACGAGGGAACUGUACACGGAGCUGAGUAUCAUCUUCAAUACACUGGAAAUGAUGGUGGCAACACCGGAAUCUCACAAAUGAAUGCUCACAGAGGAAAAGAAUGAACACCAUAUGCAAGUUUAUAAGAGACCAACUGAACCAAUACAGGGCUGAAGGUUACAGUGUCCUGCAUCGCACUGCAGGUGAUGAGAUGUGGUCACCACUAUGAGCCUGAAUCAAAAUGCCAGUCCAUGGUGUGACAGCAAGUGACUUCCCCAUAGAAAAAUAAGUUCAAGAUGCAGGUUCAGUGAUGUGCAUUCUAUUUUGUAAUAAGAAAGGGAAGAUCCUUCUGAUUUUCUGGAACCCAGUGGAAGCAUCAACACAGACUGCUACAUUGUGAUACUGACUAAACUGAAGGCUUAAACUUCCAGUCAGGCCAGAGAAGAUGACAACUUCUCUCUUGCAAGAUGAUAAUGCCAGGCCCCAUACCAGUUUGAAGCACAUAGAGCACAUUGCCUAUCUUGGCUGAACUGUCCUACCACACCCACUGUAUAGUCUGAAUUUGGCACCUUCUGACUUCCAUCCAUUCAAAGAUGAACCGCAUGGGCAUCAUUCUGCUAUGCCAUGAUAGCAGCUGUGAAGCAGUGGGUCACCUCCACUGGUGAGGCAUACACUGGCAAAAAUGCUUAGCUAAUGGUAGUGACUAUGUGAAAAACAGUGUUUUGCAGCUGAGUACUAGCUCUAUCAAAUAGUUUCAUUGUGCUCUUUGUAUCUGUUGUUACCUCAAUGGAAAUAAAUAGGGUGCAUUACUUUCAGAGUGACCUAUGUAUGUAUCCUACAUGAGGAGUUUUUCAGCUUUGCAGGUGAUUGUGUCUACGAAAGCCGUGUUUUCGGAUACAGUGAUAGCUCAUUAAUAAUUUUGUAUUUGAAGUUUGUUCCUUGAAAAAUCUAUAUUCUUCUCAGAUGUUCAUAUGUAGCUGCACUGACAUGAGUAUGACAUUGCUGCUUCUACUUCUAUUGCUUCUGCUUAUUUCCCAGUUGAAGAAAUGCCGAAUUAAUUCUUGGUUUGACUUUGUCCGUUUCUGUAUGAGUGUACUGUACAUUAAUUUGGCUUCAAACUUGUGUAAGUAGGUGCCUGAAGAGAUAAUAUUCUAGAUGGGUUCAGAUAAUUAUAAAAUACCAGUUAGUGUGCAACAGUAAUAUUGUUACUCAUUUAAAACUCAAGAGGAAAGGGCAGUUGUUCACCUAAAUACUUAUGCAAGAUUUUAAAGGGAAAAUGGGAUAAGAAGGAAAGAUAUGAGACAGAGAAAAUGAGUGUUACAGCAGGAAUGUUAAUAAAAGGAAAAACAGAUCUACAAUGUCAUAAAGGCGCUUUAUAGGGAUAUUUUCAAAGCAUAUCUUAAGGAAAGUAAACAGGAAAUGUAUUUGGACAUAAAUUGAAAUCUAUGAAAUUCCAUUUGGAAAUGAUAAAAAAAUAAUCUUAGUGUAAAAGGAGACUGAUUAUUGGACGAGAUUGCCCUGACAGGUAGCAGAGUCUCUGUCCAUGAAGAUGUUCAAAACCCUGAGUAGUGUGCUCUAGCUGGUCCUGCUGGACAACACUGAAAAUUGAAAGCCAUGAUGAAACGAAAUUUAAUGAAGCUCUUAAGCUCCUCAGUACAAAUUAAAAGAUAUGAUGAAAGGUUCCCUCAUUUUGGAAAACAAUCUCUUCUGUUUUCUUAUUGUGCAAUAUGAACUGAACUGUCAAGAUUUGUAAUAUUUGAUGUUACUUUUGAUGGUAACUUCAGUAUUUAAACUUGGAUAGCUCCAUAAUACUUAGGAGGCUUUGACAGAUACAGGAAAAGUCCAAACGUAUGCCAUUUAUCAGUUUCAGACAAGUCAAAAUUAUGUAUUAAUUAAUCAGUAAUAAAAAAGCAUUUACAUAAUUAGCACACAAAAGCUAAUGUUUAAAAACAAUCAACUCUCAAUUUACCAGAAAUAUUUGUUAAUUAAGUUCAUUUCCGGCUACUAGCUAAUAGUAAUCCUAUUUCUGUAACAUAACAGUUUCCUACUUUUAAAAAAAUUCUUGAAUUUUAGGAAAUACACAGCAUUAAAAAAAGCUUUUGUUGAAAAUAAUAUAAUAACAAAUAGGAAGUUAGUCCUAUUGAGGUAAUUAUUUAGAGUGUAUCUAUGGCAAAUAUUAAGUUUGCCACCUAGAUUUACAAAUAACCUUGUUAAUUUAGAACUUACAAAGUUCACCUGCUUCAUGUUUAUUUGGCAAAAAGGGAAAAAUACCACCUAUAACACUAAACAUUCCAGUUCCAGCAAAAUAGAGCACUGCUGCAGAUUUUGUAAGCAGAGAUUGUAACUUAUUGCAAAGAAGUGAAUUUAUGAAAAGCUUUGAAAUUAGGAAUGCAUAUACCAGUCCAUAAAAAGGGGGGAAAACAGCAAACUUAAAGAAGAUCUAAGAUCAUGAAAUAAAAAUAAAUUUAACAAGCAAUUAAUUUUGAUAGUAGAAAAAUAAGGAAACCCUUUUUCCUUAGCAAUACACACAAAUUUCUUUCUUCUGGAUCCAGCAAUAGAAGAGCAUAAACUUUAGAUAAGACAGCAAGAGGAAAUUAGAAGUCCAGUUUAAUACUGUUGACAGAGAUCAGGAUUUCUUUCACAUAAUAUAUACAUAAUAAAGCACCUGUACUUGACUGCAAUCAGUGAAUGAGAGAAAACAUUUGCAAAGGUUCGUGUGAAGUGCUUUUGUUCAUAAUAGACAAAAUCAAAGGCAAAACUUUAUAACGCUUAUUUUACUUUUUCCUGAAUGUCAUAAAGGGCGUGCAAACUUUGUGGAUUAAAAUGAAUUUUAUUUAUCAAGAGGACCAAAAUAUAUCAUUUCAGCACUCUGCUAAUAUGCAUAUAAAUGCCUAGACAAGAAAGUCGGUAUUUUAAUGUGUAUAAUACCCCAAUUAAAAGUACAUCAUUUUUAUUAUUCUCCUUCCUAGUACAGAUAUGACGGUAUUAAUGCCUUUAAUUGUUGAAAUGGUUGGAAAUUGCCAACCAGAGUGUUCUGGUUUUGAUGUACAAUAGAAAGGUAGAUAUAUAAAUGUAAAAAUACCGCUUAAUUUAUAUUUUAACUGCCUUAAAAAGCCUACGUUCAUUUCAUAGGGUAAUUCUCAAAUUAAUUUGCUACCCGUACUGUAGGAAGCUCUGUGUGCCUUUAUUACUUGUUAGGUUGGGUUUUUUACCAAAACAAAUUCCAUAUUUUUGGAAACUAAUACUGCAAAAUGUGCUUUCUCUUUAGCCACUAAUUUUUCAAACUAAUGCUAACUAAUUUAAUGCUGUUGUGAUUGGGAAAUUAUGAAGAUAACGUAAGGAUGUGCAGUACUCCAACCAAACAUAAUGACUCCUCUCAUUUGCGGUCCAUUUAUUUCUUAUUACCAAGUGAAAAUAAGGACUGGGUAGCCUUCAGUCAUUCUAUGGAUUACAGUCUAACAGAGUUGGAUUUCCUAACUAAGUACUAAAUGUUUUUUUUUAACGUGCUCUUUCUCAGCUAUUUAUUUUCAAGUGGUAUUUGAUAAAAAUAGCUAUUUUAUAUAUUCUGCUUGUUACGCUGUUUAUGCUAAUGUUCAACAAAUAUGCAGUGUCAUGUUUAAAAGUUACUUCUUAGAAGUAGUACAGUAUUUUUAAGUCCUUUUUUGAAAAGAAAAUAUGGAAAGAUGGAUGUUUUUAAACCUGAGGUUCAUACUUGUGCUUUAAAACACAAUUACAUGCAAACCCCAUUUUUCAGAUGGCAAAGGGCUAAAAAUGACCUACACACAUCUAGCUCAUGGUCAUGCAGGUAAGAGAGGGAAUGCAUAAAUAGGAUUUAAAACAGAAUUCUGUUACAGAAUACCAAUUGAAAUGAGGCUACUAAUAAGUAACAAUAACAAGGAUUGUAUUAAGCCAUCUACUCACUAAUUCUUGACACUUUUACAAAAGUAAUGAAUGAGCGUCAUAAAAAUUGUCAUGGUAUUUUAUGUUAGUGUUUGUUUUCUUCAGGUAAAAGCGAGUUAGCUGAAACUAUCUUUAAUGGUAGAACAGAUGCACAACCUAAGAAAUUUUACAUUAUUUGAAAAGAAUUUUCUGAGUAGUCAGUAUUACUAUUAUAGCUCACCUUGGAAGAAAGUUUUGUUAAUGUUUUUGUACUUGGUGCUAUAUUGAGCUGUUCAUUACAGUUCUCCUAACCAAAGACUAAACAGUCAGGUAGAUGAAAGCUAUAUAUAGUCCUGCUAGUCUAUGUCAACAGGAGAUGACUGGAACAAAGAACGAACUAUGCAAAAUAGGUCCACCUUUUUUCUUCUUCUUCUUUUGAUUUAAAUAGUUAAUUAUCUUCACUGCUUUUAAUCUGGUGGGUAAUUACAAACACCUUAAAAACGAAGUACACCUAAGUGAUACAAACUAGAAUAUACAGAUGAAUUAUUAUUUCUUAAAA